AUGUUUUUUUCUUAUUUUUUUCGUCUUCCAAAAACGCUGAGAAUGAAAGAUAUCAACUUUAUUUCUAAAUCAUGUAAUGAUACGUAUAUUUAUCAUAAUGAAGUGGUCAGAAUCAUGGCUGAUUUCAAUCAUUCUUUGAAUUUGAUAUCAUUGUCAGAUUCCGACAUACAACCACACGAACAACAAAACGAUAAAGAUAAUUUACAACAACAAGCAACAAAUAUACUAAAUAAACAAUUCAAAAAUUGUAAUCAACCAUGUUUCACAGAAUAUAGAUCGUUAUCUAUUUAUUCCGAUAAUAAUAAUAAUAGUAAUAGUAUCGAUAUUAUUCAACAUUUUAAUGAAUCACAAUUACAGACAUUACCUGUAAACACAUUACUUCUUUCUAAAUAUAAUCGAUUAAAAGCAUGUUUACAUAUUGAUCUUUAUUACACUCUAGACGGUAGAGUAAUAGAGAAACUACAUACUUUUAUCGAUGGUAUUAUAGAUGUAAAUAACGAUAACAACACAACAACAACCUAUAUUGAAAAUAUAGAAUCUAUUUUCAAGUCAAAAACUAAAUCGAAUGGUGUAAAAAAUAACUUUAUUACGAGUGGUAGAUAUCAUUGUUAUUUAGAGUUAUCAGAGAUACUGAGGAAUCAUAUGUAUUCUGGUUUAUUCGAGAUACAUAUUACUGUGAAGAAUGACGUCGACGAUGCAGGUAAUGACAUUGUCGAACAUUUCAAAGAUGUUUGUAAAACUAUCGGUUGUAAACCAGUGCUCAUAGAGUUACCUAAAGGUGAACAUCCAACGCAGCUGAUGACCUCUUUCUAUCACCGAGCCGAGUCACUCGCUCACAUACAACGACUGGCCUAUCGUCAAGCACAACAACUGAUAGACCAACGAUUUACUAUCACCAGAAUCAAAGUAGAGAUUAUGUUCUCCGGUGAGGGUGUUCCGCUUGGCGACGACCAGCAAUCACUCGACAAAGUAUCAUCGGAGAACUACUUUGAAUUUCAUAUCAAACUGACGCUGCCAAGCGAUUAUCACGAUUAUUCGGAAUUGAAUACGAUAGUAGCGAGACACAAUGCACAUCUAUCAAAGAACGCAUUCAAAUCGAGUGGUGGUGAGCAACAACGAUUCGUAACGAUGCGACUCUAUCACACCGGUAAACAAUCGGCGGAACACAGAUACCUCGCCUGUGUGGACGACCUCGAACAACACCAAUACACUAUUACCGCUAAAAUGAGAGAAUACUCAAUAUACGACUCCAAUGUACAUUUAGAUAAAGGUUGGAUUGAAUAUUCAACAACAAAAUAA